AAAUGAUCGAGCCUGUGGGGGAUGACAGAAAAGAGGAACCGAAAUGAAAAGCAAAUAAUCUGGGGAACAAAAUCAUGAAAGACUGGAAGAGCGAUGGACUGUAAAAUGCAUCUACAUCUCUUUUUAUUUAAGAGUCACCCGUUCGUCUGUCUCUACGACUGGAUUUGACCACGGGCUUGUAGGCCACAUAUUGUAAAGUGGUAGAUCUCUGGGUUUGUUAGUGGUGACACGUGAGAAGAUGGAGGAGUCGAAAAUGAGCAUUGGUACUCUGAGUGAAGAAGUCCUGAACAGGCUGUCGAAGAUGUUGGACAACUCCACCUGCGGAUGGAGGCAGCUGGCCGAUGCGGUGUCCGAGCAACCGAAUUUCCGCUGCAGUGAAAGUGAGCUUACCAGCUGCUCGCUCCAGGUGCUGAGCGCCGCAGGUAGCCCUGGGCGGGCCCUCCUGGCUCGGCUGGCUGAUCGCUCCUGCUCCCUGGACUUCCUGCUCCACUGCCUGAGAAAGGUGGACCACCAGGAGGCUGUGCAGUACCUGACCACCACGGUGGCAGAGACGAUUCGGAUCACAGUGCAGCCGCAGUCCCAGCAGGCCACAGUCGGAGGUAGGGUGGUACUGUCCUGCAGAGCCACUGGUCCCUCAGGGCUCAGCUACCAGUGGUUCAGAGGCAAAGAGGAGGUUUUGGAUGAGACAGGGUGUACACCAGAGCUGGUUCUAUGUCCUCUGGCCACAGUCCACCAGGGUCACUACAUCUGUAGGGUCAACCAUGGAGAAAACUGCAUCUUCUCUCAGUGGGCUAAUGUUCGAUUGGUUCGCUCUGCAAGUCCGGGCUGCAGCAGUGCUCUGUUUCCGGGGUCGGUGAGUGGGCUGCGUAUCAUCCACCAGCCUCAGUCCCGAGCGAUCUCUGAGGGUGACGCUCUGUCGCUGGAGUGCAAAGCAGAGGCCAACCCUCCCGCCCAGUACGAGUGGUACCACAACUCGGAGCUCAUGCCACAGCACAAGACACAUUCACUCAAAAUACCCUGUGUGACCACAGCACACAGAGGACAAUACAGAUGUAAAGCGUUCAAUAUUUAUCACGAGGAGUGGAGCGACACGGCAACAGUCACCAUUGGCCCAAGUUCAAUUACUGAUGCACCCUGGGAAGAAGUCGACCGUGGCUCAGACUCACAGAAAGUCAGAUCAACUUUCAGGACAGGGAUAAAUCCACUACAACAGAUGACCAAGCAGCCCCAGUUAGCGAAGCACUUCUAUGCAACAGACAAAGUUGCUCUGCUGAUUGGCAACAUGAACUACGUCUACCACACUCAGCUGUGCGCUCCCAUCGCUGACGUCCAUGAGCUGACCAAUCUCCUCAGACAAAUGGACUUCAAGGUGGUUUCCCUGCUCGACCUCAACUGGCAGGAGAUGCACAGCGCUGUAACAGAGUUCCUCUUGCUGCUCGACAAGGGAGUCUACGGCUUGCUAUACUUUGCUGGUCAUGGUUAUGAGAAUUACGGCAACAGUUUCAUGGUUCCCAUCGAUGCUCCGGCCUCCUACACAUCAGAGCACUGUCUGUGUGUACAGAACAUACUCACCAGGAUGCAGGAGAAAGAGACGGGACUCAACGUAUUCUUGCUGGACAUGUGUCGCAAAAGAAACCCAAAUGACGAUGUCAUCGUCCAACCGGGCCUGCUGAAGGUCACAGCAAAUAUAGUGUUUGGUUAUGCCACAUGUGUAGAUGCAGAGGCGUAUGAAGUAAAGAAGGAAGACGAGUCCAAUGGCAUCUUCAUAAACUUCCUCAAACAGCGAGUUUGUGAAGAUGAGAAGGUCACAGUCAUGCUAGACAGAGUGGCUGAAGACAUGGGUCGUUGUGUAAUCACACGAGGGAGGCAGGCUCUGGAGCUCCGCAGCAAUCUGUCUGAAAGACGUUCCCUCACUGACAAGAUACAGACCGCUGAAUGUUCCGCGUCCUAUUCAGCUCGCAACCUGCAGUGGGCCGUCGCUCACGUGCUACCUAAGAGCCUUUAUCUGCAGUUUGACUGUGGAGUGACAGUACAGCUUGGGUUUGCUGCAGAGUUCUCCAACCUCAUGGUCAUCUACACUCGGAUACUUGAGAAGCCCAAAGAAAUUGCUUCCUGCUCUGCACAGCUUACUGACUUCCCUGAGGGUGUGGAUGUCGAUCUGAAGAAGAGUAACCAGGAGACUCUGCUUGAUGCCGGCAGUUUAUUAUUGAUCAAGGAAGCUCUUCCUUCACCUGAGGUCCCCAGUCUUUACACCCGCAUCCGCAGCCUGCAGAGACUCAGGACUGAGCUUACGUUCACCGUCUGUCUUCAUUACACCUAUUCCAACAUGGAUGAAGAAGUGCAGGAAAGGCAAUCAGUGACAGUUGGGAAACCACUGGUCUCCAAACUCAACCUCCACGAAGCAAGACAACCUCGCACCUGCUCUCAGUCCUCAUCCUUCAGCCUCGACUCCUUCAACGUUCCUGAGUGCUCCUUCUUCCCCGACGGCUUCACCUCUGUCGGGUCAGCCUCCAACACGUGGCCGUAUUAUGCACAAUCUGGCAGAGAGUCUCCAACUUCAUCCAGGAGUGCCAAUGUACCAGAGGAGACUGACAGUGCUGAAUUAUUUGAGGCCCCUAAACCUCUUGUUGCCACCAAAAGCUUGCCCCACAGCCAAGUGAAUGACACAAACUACAAAUUCAGUGACAUGUACAAUUUUCACUCUCACUAGGCGUUAUGAAAGCUGCUUGAAAAAGUCAAAACAUGGGUAAAAAGCCUUUGAAUUUGCCAUUUCAGUUAAGCUGACCCAGGGCUCAGAUCAUUGCAUAUGGCCACUUAUCUUUGUUUUAACUAUGCAUUAAGUUUUUAAGUAAUAUUUUCUGAACAUUUUCAUAAGAAAUCGAUACAUUGUGACACAUUACACUGCAAUCAAGUUUGAUAUGAGUUCUGUUUGAAAGAGGGAAGAAAUAAAACAUGGGCAAACCUUUGUAGAUAAAUUGUACAAACUGUUGCUCUGUGUCUUAGGCUUUUUGAAACGUUUAUUACAUCUCACAUGCAUUUACAUGAACGUUAAAAAACAGUUCGUUGCCAUCAUUGACUAUGACUGUUUUUGUUCUUCCUGCUGAAUGUGUGCUCGGCAUGUACAUUUCAUCAUGUAUGUAUUUUUAAAAUUAAGGCAAGUUGAACCUG